AUGAUAACGAAGGCAGUAGAAGCUAGUGGAACAGUUACUAUUACAACUGUAACCCAGCAACUAUUUCGAACAAAGAUGGAUUUUAAUGAAUGUUUCAUUCAUCCAAAGUCAUUCUCUUUAGACCCUAACAUUUAUACAGAACUUGUAGAACAUUAUACAAACGAGGCUUUAUGUUUUCCUGUUAAAGUUAUGGAUUGGAUUCCUAUGGACGGUUCAUUCUCAAAGAAUACAGAUAGUUCAAGUGCAACAUUUACAGCAGCUUAUACGCCUAUUAAUGUUAAAAGUAUUUGGGCACUAUUUAGAAAGAAAGACAACUAUUAUGUUAAUUUUGAGAACCCUAAGUUUAAAUAUCUUCAGCUUUCCAUGGGAGCUUAUGGAAAUAUGCCUGCAGAACCUGAAAAAUCAUAUGGACCUGUAUUUUAUGAAAUGGUUGCGAACGCCUGCAAUACAAACAAUGAUAUGAUAGGAUUUAAUGAAGAUGUUAUGAGGUCAUUGGUGGAUGAUGGUAGUGUGGAACAUAAAUGGGAUAGCUAUGACAACACACAUUUCUUAUGUGGUUUUCCAACAGAAGUGGACUUUUGCUUCCAGCAAGGUCAAACAUCUACUGCUCCAAUAACAUACAAAUUGUCU